GCGACUGACUGCUGCUGAAUCCGUUCAUCAUUUUUUUUCCUCGUGGUGGUCCGAUGUAUCGCGAUAACGCGACGUUUAUUAUCAAUUGAAUUGACUUUACCGGGGGUAUAAACAUGGAUGAUGGUGUUGAUAAUUCUGUGCAGACUUUUUACUUUAUAUAUCGUUUGAGAUGAGAAGAAAUGUGAGGGGAAAAAUUGAGUGAACUCUGCAGGAACAGAUUGGAUUUUUGUGAUUAGUGAUUUGUGUCGAUGUGAAAUCAGUUGAUGAUGAUUUUUCAUCGAGUCUUGUGAUAUUAGAAAUUAUUGAAAAUCUUAGAAAAGUCGUUUUCCUCUGAAAAACUGAGUCGUUAAGGGAGAAAUCGUGAGUGAAUCCGCAAGGUGAUUAAAUUAAUUCGAAUGUAAUUGAUUAAUGUUGAAUAAGUGUACGUGAGAAAUAAAUCGUGAGUUACUCGGGGGAGACUUCGGGGCGUAAACACGCCGAUGGGAUGCAUCUACCGGUGGACUCGGUUGGCUGCGGGGAGAAUUACGAUUCCGUCGGUUCACACGAAGGCGCCGGUCUCGUAGGCUCCUCCCUGACACCACUCCGAGGGGUUGACACGAGGUAUCACUGUGAGGAGGACGACGGGGGUGGUGGUGGUGGUGGUGGUGCUGCCGGGCCUGGUGCGAGGGGUACCGGUGGAGAAAUGAGUGAAGGUGCCGCCGUCGGGGAAUUGUGGUGGACUGAGAGACUCGUUGGUGAGGCCCAGGCCGAGCAUCCCGGUGAACUCGUGAGGACAGGUUCACCCUAUUUUUUAUGCAGUCAACUCCCGACGCAUUGGCGAUCCAACAAGACCCUCCCAGUAGCCUUCAAAGUAGUGGCCCUCGGUGACAUAGGGGAUGGCACCCUAGUGACUGUACGCGCUGGUAACGACGAAAACUGUUGCGCUGAAUUACGAAAUUCCACAGCGCUGAUGAAAAAUCAAGUAGCCAAGUUCAAUGAUUUGAGGUUCGUCGGACGCAGUGGAAGAGGAAAAAGUUUUAGUAUCACCAUCACUGUGUCAACGUCACCACCUCAGGUGGCGACUUAUACUAGGGCAAUCAAGGUGACUGUCGAUGGCCCCAGGGAACCUAGGUCCAAAACAAGUUAUGGUUUAAUUGCAGGACAGCAGCAUCAGCAAUUUCGUGCACUUGGUCUGGGACAGAGGCCAUAUUUGGACGCAACGUCUUCUUUUACAUCACAGUUGCGAGAACUGCAGUCCUACAGGAGGAGCAAGCAUCAUCAUCACCAGGGCAGCCAUCUGCAUGGCCAAACCGGAAAUAAUACGAAUAACAAUAAUAAUAAUAAUAAUAAUAGUGGAAGCUGUACGGGUAAUCCGAACAAUGGAAAUCCCAGCAAUUCACCGAAUUCUGGUAGCCAUCUUGGAAAUGCCACGGGUCAUCAGGAUUGCUUCAAACACAGUCCGCAGAAUGAUAAUGCUGCAAGCACCGCCGAAUGGAGCUACCCGUCAGCAGCGCCAUCUUACCCAGCUCCCUCUGGUAGCGACGGCGGGUCCUACUCACCACUUCCAGGAGGUGCUUUUUCAACAUAUCCAGGGGAAUCCCUGUCCCACCAUCCGACAACUGAACCUGUGCCAUUACCUGCAGUGCUACCAUCGGACACCCCCCAAGAUGCCUACACCCCAAACUGCGUGUCAAUGUAUCCAAAUCACUCGACGCCGACGUCAACCCUUCCCCUGAUACCAGCUAAACCAUCAGACACGGAAAUCUUCCCCGGAAGUGGCCCAGGUGGUGGUACGUCGGGUUAUCAUUACGGCUCGUGGACAUCUGGACCAACAACACCCGUGCCCGUACCAUCUCACAAUUACAACACAAAUUAUCAAGGUUAUUACAACAGUCCAAGUCAAAACUACAUAAGCCCAACGCCAAUGGUACUCUAUCCACAGCUCUACAGUACUGUCAAUCAGAAUCAGAUACAUCUUCAUCUUCAUGGUGAUUUGAGUGAUGAUCAAGUGACAAUUGCCGGUGGUAACUUAACGAUAAGCAGUAAUAGACUUGAGAUUGGUGUUCUAGGUGAGGAGAAUGAACAGAGAAAUGACGUGUGGCGGCCGUACUAGACUUUUCAGCCAAGUUUAUCAGUGAUUUUUGGAGACUUAUUGAACACUGGAUAGUGAUAGUGUCAAUGUAUCUUCUUGU